GAAUAAUGAAUAUGAAUAAUUAAUCCUUUAUAUAACAUGAAAGAGGAUAUAUAUAGAGAAGAAGAAGAAGGAUUAAAGUAAAGUAAAGAAAAUAAACUAAAUUAGAUAAAAUUGUAACCAAUUCUAAACAUAAUCAAUUGUUUUCUAGAGGUCUGUUAAUAUUUUUGAAAUGAGAAAUUAAUUGUUUGACUACAUCCAUCAAGAGUGA